GACCAAAGUUACGGAUUAAGCGCUUCUCCUCAGGGAGGACGAAAAAAGCGAAACGGAGUUAAUCUGCUUUAUUGUUGUUUUCUUGGAAAAAGAUUAUCAACAAUCUGUACGUUUCCAGCCUUAUUUGUGGCCAAAAAAAAAGUUGUUGCUUUUUUUUAUUCAUUAUGAGUUGGGAGCCAUUUGCGUAAUGGCCUUUUAUAGAGCCUUGCAUGGAAUAAACAGCGCACUGCAGGAGAACAACCUUCAUGAAGAACACUGUGAAGUUUGGGUUUAAUGACUUUUUUUUCAUCUGUGCGGUUGGGAUUGCUGUCGCUGGUCAGUUUUUUUUUUUUUUUUCUCUCCUGCUGCUGAGUUUCUCGAUGGCGUAGGUGGUGACAAGACUCUUUAAAACACCUCAAAACAAGGAUUUAAACGCUUAUUUAUAACGCAGAAACAUCUGGAUUAUGUGCGUAAAAGGACGCCGGUGAAGAAGAGUGAAAGCAUCAGUACUUUUGGAGAAAGGGGGGAAAUGCGGAGUGAAAACGGCGUCUAGAAGGAUGCUGCUGCUUGUACAAUGGAAGUGAAGAACUCUUUUGCUGUUGUUGCGGUGGUUUGUCUUUUCUUUUGCUCCGGUUUCAGCCAAGAACUCAACCCUAAAGGCAGGAAUGUGUGCAAAGCACCUGGGUCUUCGGGAUCGGUGUGCUGCAGUGGAUGGGGGCAGCUAGGGGAUGAAUGCCUGACACCUCUCUGUGAAGGCAACUUCACCUGCAAGGAAAAUGAGGUGUGUGUCAGGCCGAAUGAAUGUCGCUGUCGUCAUGGAUACUUUGGAGCUAGCUGUGACACUAAGUGCCCUGCCCAGUUCUGGGGCCCGGACUGCAAGGGGAAAUGUAAUUGCUACCCCAAUGGCCAGUGCGAUGACUUAACCGGCGAGUGCACCUGCAACCACAAUCGAUGGGGACCGAACUGUGAGAAUGCGUGCCUAUGCCAGAAGGGGAAGUGUGACCAAGAUACAGGAAAAUGCACAUGUCACCCCGGCGUCUGGGGUCCCCAGUGCAACAACAACUGCUACUGCAGCAUCAACUCUGUGUGCGAUGCCAUGACGGGAAGAUGUCUGUGCAAUCCUGGCUGGACGGGGAGGAACUGCGCCAUCCAGUGCAACUGUAACAGCUCGCCGUGCGACCAGUUCACGGGACGCUGCCAGUGCCGCGAGAGGCUGUGGGGCCCGCGGUGCGAGCGAUACUGCCAGUGCAUCCAUGGCAAGUGCAAUCAGGCUGACGGCUCGUGUACCUGCACGCCAGGGUACCGUGGGAAGUUCUGCAGGGAACCAUGUCCUGCUGGAUUCUACGGUCAAAACUGCAGGAACAGGUGUGGACACUGCAAAGGCCAGCAGCCCUGUAAGGUGACGGAGGGACGCUGCAUCACCUGCGACCGGGGCUGGAACGGGACUCGGUGCGAUCAGCUCUGCUCCAAGGGCUUCUUUGGCGAAAACUGCCAGGAAGUGUGUCCCACCUGCAAAGACGGCCACCACUGUGACCCCAUUCACGGCAAGUGCUCUCACUGCAACCCCGGCUGGAUUGGGGACAGGUGUGAGGUGCGCUGCCCCAACGGCACGUACGGCGAAAACUGCGAGAACAACUGCAGUCACUGUUUCAACGGCAUCUGUCACGUUGUCACCGGAGAGUGCCUGUGUGACCCGGGGUUUUAUGGAACCUACUGCAAUAUGACCUGUCAACCUGGACAGUAUGGAGUCAACUGCAACCAAACCUGCUCUUGUCAUGACAAGAACUGCGAUCCUGUGUCGGGUGCCUGCCAUCUCCAGCCCAACCAGCGGAUGGGUGUGAUCGCAGCUGGAACCCUGGUCUCUUUUCUACUGAUCGUCCUCCUCUCGCUGCUGUGCUGCUGCUGCCUGUGUCGACACAAAGACGACCACAACAAAAAAGCCAAACGGAUCUUGUGUGGACGUUUCAGCCGAAUCAGCACUAAACUUCCCCGUAUUCCACUGAGGCGACAGAAACUGCCCAAAGUAGUCGUAGCCCACCACGACCCGGAGAACACCUUCAACUGCAGCUUCAUCGAGCCGCCGUCUGUGGCCGAGCAGCCCUCCCCCUCGUCCUGGUCGUCCCAGGAGUCCUUCUCUUCCUUUGAGAGCGGAGACGAGGGCCCAGUUUACUGUGUUCCCCAUGAAGAGUCUACAAAUGAAACCAAAGAGAAACGGAGCCCUAGCCCAGCAGCAGAGAAGCCAGAGGCCGUCCCCGAUGAAGACGAUGCAGGGGAGUACACCUCGCUGAAAGACACAAGCAUCGCCAAACCAGAAGGCAGCGAGCAGCCUCUACUCAAGUCCUCCGACAGCGAAGGCUCCACCAGCGGCUCCGAGUCCACAGCUGCAGCCGUCUACGCCCGCAUCGCCCGCCUCUCCAAGCAGUCCAAGGAGGAUGAGGGCAGCGGCAAGGACGGCGAUGGUACACCCACACCAGAGGCCAAGCGCAAUGGGAAGCCACCACCUUCACCUGGCAAGCCCAAACCCCGGCCGCCAGACCCGUCCACGAAGCCAAAGGUGUCAUGGAUACACGGAAAUACGACAGGAACCCCUCAGCCAGAGCAGCAGGGAGGAAUUAAGGCACUUGGGGUGUCGAAGGAGAAAAAGAGGAGCUCCAGCGAUGGCUCCUCCAAGAGCGAAGAGCGGCAGAAAAUGAAGGAAAAGAAUCGUGAGCAGCAGAAGAAACAGGAGGGGAAGGAGGCAGAUGCGAACGGCUCCCCCAGCAAACACAAACCUCUGCGAGGUAAGAAGUCUGGGGACGAGCACAGCAGUCCCAGCCACAUGGAGCACAUCAAUGGUGUUGUUCAGAAUGCCCUCAAGAAGAUUAGUAACUUCCACAGCUCCUCAUCUGAGAAGAAGAAUGUUGAGAGUCCAAAGCAGACCCCCAAGGAGCCGCCCAAGAGCCCCAAGGUCAUCCAUCCUCACAUGAACUCGGAGGCUGCCACGUUGCUGGCCGCUCAGCUCAAGGAGAAAACCCAAAGCAUCAACAGGAAUGAGGGGACAGGACUGACUAAGACCAACGGCCUCUCCACACCCAAAGGAACCCGGGAGAAGCCCACACCUCCACAGAAAGCCAAGAGGACGGCCUCCAGCGGAUUGAGCCAGCAGGGGUCCAACAAGCCCCUGCUGCCGACCUCGAGCAGCCUCCAAAAGAUGGUGGCGCCCGUCGCCACCAACCUCGGGACCCCCGAAGCCAAGAGCCCGGAGAAGCAGGACUUGAACGGCUCCAGGGCAGGGGACCCGUCGGAUCCUACGCCAAAGAAGACUCCAAUAAAAAAGCCACCCAGGAAGAAAGGCAAAGAGGGUACUUUGGAUACACCGGAAAGUAAAACACCCCAGCCAAAGACAGCCAUUAUGCCACCACAGGUUGUCAAAUAAGUGAUUCUGACAACAAAUUGCACAAAAUUUGUGAUGGAUUUCCAGAAGACUAAAAUGAUUUUGUUGAAAGGUGAACCACCACGUAGUUUUUCAAUCGAGGAAUCUAAACUUUUUUGUCUGUGUGAGUGUGCUGUGACUCCAGGACCAGUCAAGAGUAAGAAAUGCUUUAAACCGUAACUGAGUUGUAUCAAUGCGGCGUACUAUAAUAACCUCUAUACACCAAUGUAUUUCAUUUCAAGAAACCUUUUUUUUUGUUUGUUUGUUUGUGUAACAACUAUGUAUCAACCUCACACCACAUCCUGUGGCUAAGCCGGACACGACUGUGAGAACAGUGGCGCAAAAAACAUAAUCCAAAGUUCAUUCAUCUCUGUUCCUCUGCAGUAUGCCCGCCACUAUAUUUAUAUAUGGAUUGCUUUUGAGGUUGCGUAACUGUAAUUUGCAGAUUGUCAGAAAAAUAGCUAUUUUUAUGUAUGCUCUCCACAGGUACUAAAGGUACUAAAAAUAACCAGAAAAUUAGAUCCUCUGAGGAUUGCAAGCUAUUCUUUUAUUAAUUUUUUUAUUCUCAUUCGGAUGGACCAACAUGCAGAGAUUCAGUUCUCCACGUAAACCAGCUUAAGAUUUUAAUCCUCAGUCUUAAUGUCAAGGUUAUCUUUGCAGAUGAGGAUCUACUGGAAUAUUGAUAGCUAAGAGCAAAACUUUCUCAGCGAGAUUUGCUGGAUGUCAUUAGCCGUGUUUCCAUAAUGUAUUUUUAUGCGCAUUUUGAGGCAUCGCGUUGGAAAAUGUCGAUGGAAACGUCUUACAUUUGCUCGAGGCGGUUUUUGACUUUCGAAAAAGAGUUAAUGCACAUAGUGGUUGAUGGGAACAACUUUGCUCUGACAUUUAAUUCACAUGACUGAUGAGCUGUUCCCACUUUUUUUUUUUUUGUCUUAAAACGUGCCCACUUGAAAACAAUUCUACAGACUUCUAUCCAUUUUUUUUUCUUAUAUAUGAGCAAGGUUUUGUUUUUCUUCUUGUUCAAGGUUUUCCUUUGCUGUUGGCAAAGAACUGGUUUUGUUUCUGACUUCUUCUAGUAGCAUAUUUUAACACUUUCUGAUGGCACUACUUUGCCCAGGUUAUGCUUUUCAAAGCAGUUAAUCGAAACAAGUCAUAUUUUUAUUCUUCUUGCUUCAAAGUCUCUCGGCAAGUGUAUGGAAACACGGCUAAUAUGUUUAGCAAUGAAAGUAUUUUUUAUUUUCUUCCUCUUUCACCCUCCAAGUUAUUAGGAUGUUGUUCUAAAUUUGACACCCUGAGGUACACUGAUCAUGCUACGUUUUGGACCUCCGUACUACGAUACAUCUUUAAUUCCUCAUUGUUCUUCCAUCCAUAAAUAUUCUAGGCCUCAGCUCUCCGUCGUCCAACUCUGUCAGACAUGGUUUGCUAAAUGCCAAACAAGCUCUUCGAUCUCUCUGCAAAAAAGGGCAGUUUAAAACCUCCUUCAUACUUCUGCUAAAACCAAAUCACCAGAAUGUGCUCUUACUGUACGUUUCAGUCAGUCAGCUAAACCACUAAACCAAAAAAAAAAAAAAAACCCCGAGCUAUCCUAUGUCCUCACUUUGUGUCAUGAUUAUAAAUCACUUCAAAUUCACUUAUUUUCCCUGUAAUAGAGGAACAUCUGCAGUUUCACAUCCUGCAUUUAAGAAGGCAGGACAAUAUCCUCCUUGUAAAUCAGAGGCCGUGGAUAGUUUUGCUUGAAUAAUUGCUGCAUUUCCCUGCAGAUCAGACUGCAGGAGGAGUCUGCCAUGUGCCGCUGUGCUCUUUCAGUUUAGUCAGAAUAUUAGGUCGAUAUCACCGUUUGAAUUGUUCUCAUUUCACAUGAAUUUGUUUAUGCCGUCGGGGAACUGUGUGGGAAAAAAAAAAAAUCCUGUCAACGAUGCUUUAUCCCUCAAGGAUCGUUUUUAUCUCAAGCUGGCAGAUUCAUGCCGAAGCAAAAAAGGUGUUUUAAUGUCAUUGUUUUGGGCUGAGACUGUUAGACUAAAUGGUACUGUGCCUCCAGUAUUAAAAUGUGCCUCAACUGUGGAUCAGUUUAAGCGAAAGAAGCUAAUGCCAGUGUUUAUUUCAAGUGUUCUAAAAUAAGUAAGUCAAAAAAGGCCAAUUCUGUCAAGAGGGGAAAAAAAUAAACGUCUUUAUUUCAGCUGGCUAUUUAGUAAGUAGCACUCACGACAUGAGCUUUAAAACAAUGGAUGAUAAAUUAAAGUGUGUAGGAAGUUCUGUUAAAGUGUAAUUGGCAGGUUUUGAGCUGAAGAAUAUGUUCACAGCUAAUUUGGAGGAAAAAAAUGUCUUGGUGUUAUGUGUUUUUAUCAAGGUACAACACAUUUCUUUGUUUUUUUUUGUUUGUUUUUUUUACUUGUAUACAUUGUGUACUUUUUUAUUAUCUUUGUAAGCUGUGCUUAUAUGACCUUUUAGGUUCUUCUGUUUUCCUCGGUGUCGAUGAACUGGCUUUCGUGUUGUAUUUGCUUUUUUUUUUUUUUUUUGUAUGUUGGCUCUGAAGCAAACCUGCAGUAUGAGUACUUUCCUCCUGUAAAGUUUACAUUGGCUUUGUAAUUGUUCUCUGUUGAUGUUAUUGUUUGUGUAACACUUAACUGCAUGACGCAGAGUGUAAUUAUAUGGCAUUAAUAGCUGCAGAGGAAAUCUGUAACCUUCUUGUUCCUUCCAUUUGUUAUUAUUGCCUCCCGUACAAAAAAGAAACUAACUCAUACAGAAAAGGAUUGUACAAUACUGCUAUAAUACCACUGUUGAAACAAUUGCAUAUACUUAAAACCAUAAUAUUGUGUAAUUAUGAAGUGACUGGCCCGUGCCUGUUUUUUUUAUAGGCUUACAGUGCAUUUUGUAAAGAAAGGGCCUGAAAAGCUGCAAAAAACCAUCUGUAAGGUAUAUUUUGUCUUUUGUGGUUUGUUUAUAGUAACUUUUGAUUACCAUUUGUGUAUGGUCAUUAAAUUGGUGUUUCCUCAUUUACUUCUUUGGAAUAAUAAUAAUAAAAACAAAGCAAUACAUGUAGCUAUAGUCAAACCAGAA